AGUCUAUGUAUAAAGUCGGAAGCACCGCGGGAUACGGGUUGGCACACGGUACAAAAUAUCACUGAACAACGAACGCGAGAUAGCACGCGUGCAUUUGUUUGAAUCCGCCAGGCCGGCUGCGAAACUAGCGAAGCUAGCGAAACCGAGCAAUUGCUUCACGAGGACCGCCAGAGUUCCUCGAGCAACCAGAGAGAGCUCAGAUCCUUGCUGUCUAGGUUCUGGUCAGGGCCAGUGCGCGGGUCUAUCCCGCCUCGAGACUUAUCCAAUACCAUUUCGAAGACCCAACAUCGUCGCACCUUCUCCAACGAGAGAGCAGCCGAGACCCUGCAAGCUCGAUCGCAACGAAGAAGAAGGAUCCAACUGCGGCAAGGAACUCUCCUUCGAGGAAGAAGCUUCUUGGUAUCGUCACUGAUCCUCCCAACGGACGACCUUCGCGUUGUUUCUUUUGGAAGAAUUCGCAAGAAUUCAUCAGCACGACAGGAUGAAAAUACUACUCUUAGUGACUUUGUUGGCGGUCCUGUACACCGUCGACUAUUCCAAUAGUGCGGCAGUCAGAUCGGAGGAAUUCGCUGAGCAGUUACGUAGGAUCGUUCAAGAAAUGCACCCUGAUAGCCUAAGAACGCAGAGAGCAACCGAGAGCGGAAAUGACGACCGUCCGAAACGGAAUUGUUAUGAUACACCCUGCGGAUGGAAUACAUAUAAUACUAUCACUCGGCGAAGCACGACUUUCAUGGCGAAUACGUGUAAGUGUCCUGAUGAAACAUAUAAAUGUGUACGCACAGGAGAAAACGUAUCCAUAAGUGCGUACGUAUAUCACUGUCGUCAAAAUACGACAGUGGAUGAUAUCGAAGGCGAGACCGACAUGGAUUAUCUUAGUUAAGAAACAUGCAGACAUACCUGAGUAAUAAACGCCUUCUCGAACAACCGUGGUCACGGUGUUAGCACCGUCCUCGUUAUCGUGUCACCGUCGAACGAAACGAUUCUCCAUUUUUCCCUCCAAGGAAUAUUCGACAACACUUUGGAUAGAACACUAUACAUACCACACUCGCGUACGUAACACUGAAAAAGAAAACAUUGUUAUAAUCUAUCUAUAUCAAAUGGUCUUAUGCGUCUAGCUUUUGCAUUUCAACUGUUCGAGAUUCGAAUUCAAACAUGGCGGCGAUAUUAUUUCGAUAAUCGAAAUUGAGGUUUUGUCGAGACUCGUUAAAAAUUUUUUACGUGAUAUAUAUUUUCCAACUGCAAAUCGACAUUCAUGUGAAGUAUUUGAUCGAAAUAUUUGAAGACUUUCGGUAAUUAUAUAUAUUUUUAAACUAAUAGACCGAAAAUUAAUGAAAAUUGAUGAAAAUUGAUUGGACGAAAUAUGCGAUCAUCGAUGUACCGGCGCGAGAAUUUUUAGAACAGAUUUUUGUUAUAAAAAGCACUCGUUAAUAUCAUAUUUUUACGUAAAAGUUUUCCUCAAUUGAUUAUUUACGAUUUCUUUAUACAUUUAUCGAGAAAAAUUGUUAAAAGUCAUUAAUUUUACCUUAAUUGCGCCGGACGAAUCUUCGAAUGAUGCACCCCACUUACGAAAGGAGACCGGAGACUGCGCAGAAGUUCCGCGCAGCUGUAGAAACGAAGAUUAUGGCGCCAUAUUCAAAUUCAUGUAGUUCGUAGAACACUGUAAAUUUCAAUUUUCUUCAAAAUCAGAUAAGCUAAAAAUUAUAAUUAUCACAGUAUUGUAUGAUAUUUCGCGUAAAACGAGGGUAAAAUGGAAAUUGACUUGCUAUCGUUCGAAAUAGACAAGACGCACGGAACAUAAAACCGUAAGUUAAUUGCAGUUUUUCUUGAAAUUACUCGUAUAGAAAAUUUAUCAUAAGAUAACCAAGCGGUAACUAACAUGCAUUAAUAUUUUAUAAAUUUUAACCAUAAGUUUCAUUCUACUUUCUUGGCCUAAAAUGAUAGGAAGUAUGUAUUGAAAUCCUUUCAGACCUGAUUCAUUUUAUCAAAUUAAAUUAUUAACGAUGAAUUUUAAUCGUUUGCAUAAACAAGUAAUCAUUUAUAAAAAAAAAAACUUAUUUAAAUAUUUAAAAAGCAUAUUUGGGUAAUGAAUAAGGUCAGGUCUAAAAGGAUUCAAGUUUGUAUCAAACUUUAAUGCAAUUCAGAAUUCGUAUUCGUAACUUUAUUCUUAAGCUGCAAUACCUGGAUAAUUACAUGCGAAGUAAGCUCACUGUCAUUUGAAAUUUGACAAAGUCCAAAAUCCACAUCCUUUUCUAUUUUUUGUAAGAACAUGUUCGCGCCAAUCCAGAAUUCAUAAUCGUCAUAAUUUUAUCCACGAAAGAAACAGAGAAAACACGAAACUUUUAACGUUUCACUGAUCGCCAUAAUUCGUUCACGUUAUUCGAUUUCUAAAUACGAGCAAGGAUCGAUUUUCUUAAUCGAUGACAAAGUUUGAUGAGCGCAGUUCGAUAUAUCGAUUUCUAUAUAAAUUUUUAAAUAUCAGUUACGAAUAAGAAUGAAUUUAUUUUUUAUCGAAGCUCAUCGGCAAUUAACAAUUAAUUAUUCUUAAGUUAACAUACACCUUAGAAAUACUCCAAAUGGUGUAAAAUUAGCAAGGUUAGGUUACAGUAUUUCGAUAAGGCACAAUCCACAAUUUUGUACUUAACGGGGAAAAUUGUUUCGAAUCUUUUUUGUAUAUCAUUAUCGAUUAUUUAUAAUAUGCAAUAGUAACGUAUAGCUGAUGGAAAAAAUAAAGCAGUUUAAUUUACGAUCUCACUGUAUUUUUUCCAUU